CAACAGCUCAUGGUCAAUUCAUUAUAUGCGUCUCUCUCUUUCUAUCUUUCACAUAGACAAGAUAUUCUUCUUGUCCCAAUACCAUUGCAAUUUGCAAACAGCUCCCAAAAACCUUAGAAAAUUCUGCAAAACCCACCAAACAAAGAAGGGAACACCAAGAGAGACAAAAACCAGUCAUCAAGACAACAAAGCAAAACCCUCUUCUUCUUUUUAUUCAAUUAUUUCCAUUUAUAUACUCAAAAACUCAAUCAAAUACAGAGCCAGAACCCCAUUAAUAGAAGUUUUAACUAUUACAGGAACAAGACAAUAUGGUUUUCUCUGUUUCUCUAUUUGCUUCUCUCGCACCAUACGUCGUCUCAGCAUUACUUCUCUUCCUUCUCCUUGAGCAACUUUCUUACCUUCUCAAGAAACGCAACCUCCCUGGCCCUCUCUUUGUCCCUCCGAUCAUCGGAAACGUCGUUUCACUAGUCCGUGACCCUACUUCCUUCUGGGACAAGCAAUCCGCCGCGGCAGGCAUCUCAGGCCUCUCCGCCAACUACCUCAUCGGAAAAUUCAUUGUCUAUAUCAAAGACACUGAGCUGUCUCAUCAAAUCUUCGCAAACGUUCGUCCUGAUGCCUUCCACCUUAUCGGACAUCCUUUUGGAAAGAAGCUCUUCGGUGAACACAACCUCAUUUACAUGUUCGGUGAAGAUCACAAGUCCGUUCGCCGUCGGAUCGCUCCUAACUUCAUCCCCAAGGCACUCUCGACCUACUCUGCCGUCCAGCAAUUAGUUAUCCUACGUCAUCUACAGCGAUGGGAGGAGAGUACAUCUGGAGGAUCUCGUCCGGUGUCGCUGCGACAACUUGUCCGUGAAUUAAACCUCGAGACUUCACAGACGGUUUUCGUUGGAACCUACCUUGAUAAGGAAGCCACAAACAGGUUCCGUAUAGAUUACAAUCUUUUCAAUCUCGGAGCUAUGGCGCUACCAUUCGACCUCCCUGGCUUCGCGUUCAGUGAGGCUCGCCGGGCGGUAACGAGGCUAGAGGAGACGCUCGCCACUUGCGCCGGAAAAUCAAAAGUGCGGAUGGCUGCAGGAGAAAAACCAACAUGUCUAAUCGAUUUCUGGAUGCAGGCCAUCGUCGGGGAGAGUCCGCCGCCACCGCACUCCGGAGACAAAGAUAUCGGCAGUUUGCUCUUUGACUUUCUCUUUGCCGCGCAAGACGCAUCCACGUCAUCACUACUAUGGGCAGUGACGCUUCUUGAGUCGGAUCCGGAAGUGCUGAACAGAGUAAGAGAGGAAGUGGCCAAGAUCUGGUCGCCUGAAUCCAACGCGUUGAUCACCGUCGAUCAGCUCGCGGAGAUGAAAUACACGCGCUCCGUGGCUCGUGAGGUUGUGAGAUAUAGGCCUCCGGCAACUAUGGUCCCGCACGUCGCUGCCACAGACUUCCCUCUCACGGAAUCGUACACUAUCCCGAAAGGAGCAAUUGUCUUACCUUCCCUUUUUGACUCUUCGUUUCAAGGGUUUACUGAACCGGAACGGUUCGACCCCGACCGGUUUAGCGAGACAAGGCAAGAGGACCAGGUGUUCAAACGCAACUUCCUAGCUUUUGGAUGGGGGCCUCACCAAUGCGUGGGGCAGCGUUACGCGUUGAACCACUUGGUGCUCUUCAUCGCAAUGUUCUCGUCUUUGUUUGAUUUCAAGAGGCUUCAAUCGGACGGCUGCGAUGACAUCGUGUACUGCCCCACGAUAUCGCCCAAGGAUGGGUGCACGGUGUUCUUGUCUAGGCGCGUCGCAAAGUAUCCCAACCUCUCGUUAAUCUGAGUUUGAUUUUUCUUUAAAAAUUUAUUGGUGGUGUGUUGUCUAUUAUCUAUUGCUAUGUGUCUCUCGAAGUGAGAAGACAUGUCAUUUGUUUUACUUUAACCUUGUCAUCACCAUAUCUGUGUUGUCUUUUUUUUUUACUUCUUCUUUUUUUUGUCUCAGUGUAUCAGUGAUGUUAUAAUUUCAUAUAUAUGUUUAGUUUACCACUCGUUAAUAUAUCUUUCUUUCUUUUGAAUUCUUCGCACUUAUGUAUUCGA